GAUGAACGAGUCAGCGAGAGCUCUACUCUCUCUCUCUCUCUCUCUCGCGCUGUCUCUUAUCCAUUUCCCAAAGCUCGAUCUUCUCUCUCCCCCCCCUCCCACUGCAAAUUUUGCAGAGGCAAUGAGCUAGAGAGAGAGAGAGAGAGAGAGAGAGAUAACCUAAUUCCAAAGGAGGAGGAAGCAAGUAAUUCAAGAUAAAGGAAGCAGAUGGCAUGCUUGGUUCCUCAAUUCAAGUGCCCAUCAUCCCAUCAUCAUCAUCAUCAUCAUCCCCUUCAAGUGAAGCCUAGAGGACCAGUUUAUGUUCGUAAUCAGUGUGUUUCGUCCCUGAUGACAGCUGUUAUUGAGCUGGAUAAGACAUAUGUUCCUACUCUAGAUGCUCAUACAAAUUCUUCAGCUGUUACAAGACCCUUGAGUUAUGUAGGAGCCAUUGGUCCACCUUCCAAGACAGAUUACAAAACAACAUGGCAUGCAGAAACACUUCUCACAAGGGAAGAGGCCACAAUAGCUGCAGCAGCUGCUGAGGCAGUUGCCCUUGCUAGGGCUGCAGUCGAACUUGCAAAAGAUGCAGCUCAGAUGAUUAGAAAGGACUUACCUGUCAAAUUGGAGAAAGCAGAAAACUUUCCAUCUCAAGCUGAUAUUCGUCAGUUAAAGAGGCCCACACUUACCGAACUGGAACUGCUUGACACAACAAACAAUCAAGAAGAAGGGCAUAAUACUCCCAACCAAUCUAAAGAUGAGGGAAUUUCCAGUUUGAUGCUAAAUGAACCUGAUCUCCAACGGAUGCAGGAGUCUGAAAAUAUAACUGUAAGAUCCAUGCGUCAAAGUGAGAGGCGAGCUAGGAGAGCAAAGGCAGCAGAGAAGGCUGCUAACAAUGUCAUCUCUGUGAAGUCAGGAACAUCGGGAAAGAAAAAACGCUCUGCUGCACAAGAGAUUGAUUAUUCGGAUCCUUUGCGAUAUUUGAGAGGAACAACAAGCAAUUCGAAGCUUCUUACUGCUGACGAAGAGUUAGAGUUGUCAGAAGGAAUUCAGGACUUAAUAAAGUUGGAAAGUCUCCAAGCAGAACUCACAGAACGAUACGGUAAUCCACCAACUUUCGCUCAAUGGGCGAUGGCAGCUAGAGUUGAUACAAGGACCUUGAGGAAGCGCUUAAAUUAUGGAAGAUAUUGCAAGGAUAAGAUGAUCAAAAGCAACAUACGCCUUGUUAUAUCUAUUGCCAAAAACUUUCAAGGUUCAGGGAUGAACCUGCAGGAUCUUGUCCAGGAAGGAUGCCGAGGUCUGGUGAAGGGUGCUGAAAAAUUUGAUGCUUCAAAAGGGUUUAAGUUUUCAACCUAUGCACAUUGGUGGAUAAAACAAGCUGUUCGCAAAUCUCUUUCAGAUCAAUCUAGGACAAUCCGUUUACCUUUCCACAUGGUUGAAGCAACUUAUCGAGUAAGAGAAGCAAGGAAACAACUCUACAGUGAGAAUGGAAGGCACCCGGAUGACGAAGAAAUUGCAGAAGCAACUGGAUUAACAAUGAAGAGGCUAACUGCUGUGAUGCUAAUUCCUAAAGCUCCUCGAUCACUAGAGCAGAAGAUCGGAAUCAAUCAGACCUUAAAGCCUUCGGAAGUGAUAUCAGACCCUGAUGCCCUAACAACAGAGGAAAUACUCGUGAAGCAACUAAUGAAGCAGGAUCUGAAUAAAGUGCUCGAUAGCUUGAAUCCGAGGGAGAAGCAGGUUGUGAGAUGGAGAUUUGGGCUUGAGGAUGGAAGGAUGAAAACACUGCAAGAGAUCGGAGAGCUGAUGGGUGUGAGCAGGGAGAGAAUUCGGCAGAUUGAGUCUUGUGCCUUCAGAAAACUCAAAAACAAGAAGAGAACCAAGAAUUUGCAGCAGUAUCUCUAUUAACGGGAUGUGAUGAUAAAAUAUGCAAGAGAUGCAUGCAUUCAUUCUUUCAACCACCCAUCAAUUUGUUGGUGGUCUUCCAUCAUUUUGUAUUGUAUAUUAUGAGCAGUGCAUAUUGAUCUUCUCAAAGGUUGAAAUCCACUAUAUCGGUGAGAUGAUUUUGGCAACGGUAAUGAUGUUAAGACAACACGGGGUUCGCGUGUCUAAAUCUAUUGAGGCAAUGUUUCAGUGAUCUGACUGGUAGCAAGCAAGCAAAAAAAGUGAGGAAUUGGGGGGGAGCUAUUCAAAAUGAAUGAAUAUUUUUCACUGUGACUUCGUCGGCUCAUACACAAUAAUUACCGUCAUAUUUUAUAGACAGCAGAAGAAUAUUCCAGUUCGUAAUAUCAUAUUUGAUAAUGGUUCAGAAAAAUAUCA